AGGAGACUUUCUCCUCCACGGGGGGAGAAUUCUCCACCCGCGGAGGAGACUUUCUCCUCCAUGGGGGGAGAAUUCUCCACCCGCGGAGGAGAUUUUCUCCCCCCCCGGGUGGGGAGAAUUCUCCUCCACCGGGGAAGAGGGGGUGGAGACUGACGGUUCUCCUCCCCCUGGGGAGAAGUGGGGGAGACAGGUGGGGAGACAUGUCUCCCCCGGUUCUCCCCCUCUUCGCCCCCCCCGGUGGAGACAACCAAUCCCCCCUGUCAUGCCAUAA